CAAACAAACACUCAGAUUCUCCUCGGAUUUGCAGAGAUUGUUGACACUUGGGUCAUUAGUCUCUUUUUUUUUCUUAACUUAUUUUUGCAGUAACUGUUAUAAAAUGUUUGACUCAUCAGACUCUGAAGAAGAGACGAAUGUGGUUCCCGUACAGACAUUAAAAAUUGACUGGUUAGAUAUGUCAUUCAUGGGUUGCCCUGAAAGUGUAGCCCUCAGUGGUCUGCCAGGAUGCUGCUUCAGAAAUAUCUUCCAGAACCUUAGCACAGAUCUUGAUAAUAUUGAAGAAAGAAGAAUAACAGAUAUAGUAACAUUAGUCACAAAGGGUGAGCUCAGGAAGUACCGUGUUCCUGACCUGAUCAGUGAAUAUGAAAUUAGAGGAAUACGUGUCUACCAUUACCCAUUCCUUGAUGGAACUGCCCCAUCCAUUGACAUUGUUAUGGCCAUUAUUGAUUGUAUCAGGCAAGUCCUCGAAGAGAAACGGAAGGUUUUAGUACAUUGCAUGGGUGGCUUGGGCAGAGCUUGUGUGGUAGCAUCUUGCCUCCUACAAUACUUUGAUAAUUCUGUGACACCAGACCAGACAAUAUUUUUGCUCAGGGACCUCAGGGGGGCAUGUGCAGUGCAAACUGUUAAGCAAUAUAAUUUCAUUCAAGAUUUUCGAAGCCUUUGUGAGAAGUGGAUGGACGAGGACAUCGACAGGUCUGUGUCUCGCUGACAGUUUGGAAGCAAAGGCUUGGCACCAGGAGAUUUGGGGUCGUAGAAAAGUCGUCAUGAUGUUUCACACCAUGCUACAAGAAGGGUAAAGGGAGUGUGCAAAAUAGCAGUGAGAAUAACAAGAACAGCAACGACAACAGCAACGACAUCAACAGUUGAUUGAAAUGUGGACUUAAUUGACAUUUUUAUUGAUCAGUACAUUAGUAUCUUUUCAGAGGACCCAACCAUUAUGGUUUGUGAAUUUUAGAAUGUAUCAUAUCAAGAAAAGUAAUGCUUUGAUAAUCUUCACUUCAUAUCUGCUCACUUGUUGAAUGAUAUUUAUUGUUGAUGGAUUUCAAUUGUAUCUUAUUUUGAAAUAAUUUUAAUUCAGCUGGGUAAGAUGAAUUGAUUGACUUUUUAAAUUUUCAUCCAUAGGGAUUUGAACAAAAGUUACUCAAUUUACUGCAGUACAUUUAAACUCAUAUAGCUAAGAUAUAUGUAUAGCAGGAAAUAGCACAACUGUGACAGCUUACUAUUCACAAAAUAGGGCAGAUAAGUGUAGAAACUUUUACAUAUUGUAUUGUGAUGAUAAUAAUCUGCAUAUCAUGGUUAAAAUGUUCUGUAAUAAAUUCACUUAAGCAUUUUUAAAAUAGCCUGUAUAUGCCAAAAAUCAGCCCUCACAUGUGUUUUAGUGAUAUUUUCAGAUUUAAAAAAAAUUAAAAAAGGCAUAUUCUUGUUAAUCUAGUCCAAGUAAAGUUUAUAUAUAUUUUUUCCUCAUCAUUAUAAUUGUCAUAGUUAACAAGAAAAUAUUUUCUUCUUUUUAUCAUUCUCAAGUUUCUAAAGGUUUCAGGUUUUUGUUGGAUGUUUAAUUUUUUUUUUAUAAUUUAAUAUUUUUUUAUGUUUUUUUAUGGAUUAUUUUUGGAAUAGAUAGUAUGUUAUGUAAAUUAAAAAAAAGAGAAAGCAUUUCUAAUAAUUAAAUGUUGAUACUUUAUUUUCGUGGCAUUGUAUGUGUCUUUUGUUAUAUUUUCAGUGUUGGAAUUUUAAUUAAUGAUAAAACAUUAUUUGCAUUUGAAACCCGUUCCUUAAGAAAGAAAUAUGAAAGCAAAUGUACAAAGUGUAGAGAUUAAGAUUUCAUUAUUAUAUGAGAAAAAAAUACCCCAGCACAUGUAGUGAAAAUCUGUUAUUUUAUUAUACUGUUUUUCUCAUAGAAGAAUUUAUGUUAACCUUUAUUUAUGUAAAGCUGAAGCAAAGUCAGCCCUCUGUGGUUUUUGGGAUAUUAUUUGGAUAUAUUUUAACUUUUUAUCUUUUUAUUUAUUUAUUUAUUUUUUUUGUGGGUCCAUGAAAUAUAGCCAUAUUUGAAGGGAUUUCAUGAAUACCCCUGUUAUUGUUAUUUGU